AUGAAAGUUAUGGGGGAAGUCCACGAAGGAAUCUGUGGAGCACACCAAGGUGGAAGGAAAAUGUGUUGGCUGAUCAAAAGGUACAGUUAUUUCUGGCCUACCAUGAUGAAGGACUGCAAAAAAUAUUCCAAAGGAUGUGAGGCUUGCCAGAGACAUGGACCAAUCCAACAAACUCCCUCAGUCCCCAUGAAUCUAGUCGUCAAGCCGUGGCCAUUUAGGGGAUGGGCAAUGGACCUCAUUGGAACGAUCUAUCCAGCCGGUAGCGAGCAACACUGUUUCAUCAUUGUGGCUACAGAUUACUUCACUAAAUGGGUAGAGGCUAAGCCAGUCAAAUCCACCACAUUUUAA